AUUGAAGCGUAAUGGCGUCACGGAUGAACGAAGAACUGUGGAAGGACUUCUUUGAAAUUUAUCGAAGCUCUUUUAAAAAAUAUAAGGAGAUAGAUCCAAAGCAAAGUUGGAAAGUUUAAAAUGUAAAAUGAACUCACUUCGCGGAUGUUAUCGACGUGAAUUAAAAAAAAAGCGAAGUGAGAAGUCUGGAACAGGAAUUGAUGAAAUAUAUGUACCAUCUUUGUGGUAGUUUCAUGACCUAGCAUUCUUGGAAGAGCAAGAAACACAGAUGACUGGCAUGUCAUCAAUAGAAAAUGGAGACACGACUGUGGAAGACAAUGCACCUUGCGCAAAAAAAGACAAAGUAGAAUUUGGUAAAAAAGAAAAACAACAGUUGCUCAUUAAAGCAGUCAAAGCUUUAGAAGAUUCGACGUGGCCCAAUGACGAUGCAAGUACCUUCAGUUCGACUUGGGAGGUCCUCUUCAGGAAACUUGACCCUAAUCAACAAUUAUUUGCCAAUAAAACCAAUAUGGAGGUGUUGUACCAAGGAACUUUGGGUCGGUUGAACGAAAAUUCCCAUCAGAUGUUCAACGUACCUAACACAAGAUGUUCAUCAACACCUUUUUCUUAUAGUGACAACUCGUCAACAUGUUUUCAUUCAAGAACAUUGCAGCCUCAAGUUCAGCAUAUCAGACUUCAUAGAACAGUUCAGCCACAGCAAUAUCAAAAAAUUUCCAGCAUCAACAUACAACCACAGGAAACCAUAAAUACUCAACAAUACGGAAACAGCACGGAAUAUCAGACAUUUACGGACUUGUUGAACGACUCUGAAUAUUCAUAAGCAAACUUUUCUUUUUAUUUUUGUUAUUUUUAUUGAUUUGAACAAAUAUUUUAUUUUUGUUUUGUUUUCCAUUUUCAUGUCAUGUAUAUACUAACUGAAAUAAGAUCUUUAAGAACCUUAAUCAACGCUUCACAUGUCUCAAUAAUUAUGUUGCUUAAACUUGCAGUUGAAAUAUACGACUGGAAUUUCAAACUUUCGUAGCUCUCUCCAGUUGAAAUUGCGUCCCGCAUAAUAGUAUUUUGUUUUUCUAUAUAAGGUGUUAAUUUUCCAAAAGUUUCCUAUAUACAGAAGGAUCCAUUCGCAGAAAAUUUUUGUAGUCCGCCGGGCUGGACUGUUCAAGUUCCUUUAACAAACUUAUAUAUGAAAAAACUGUUCUUCUUGAUCGCCAUUCCUUUACCCAAGUUUUUCUCUGUCUUUUUUGCUUUUUUUUUGUUCUACUUCGUCUUCUUCUAAAAUAUAAUAUCAAUUACAAGUGCUGCAACUAAUGCACGUGCCAUGUUGCUUCGUUGACAAAUAACAGAGAAAUAAAGUAUGAUUGCAUGUUCAACCGCUUAAACGAAAACCAGUUUUUUUUUGCAUCAUACCGCUAUUGAAUCUGCCAUUUGAAGAAAAAUUUGAAGAGCGUACGGUAAGUUGUGAAUUUUUCUUUAUUGAAAAUUUUCAUAAAUGUUUAUUAAAUUAAACUCUUUUUAAAACAGGAAAGAAGCAACCGAAGACCAUUGUGAUAGAACAUAAAUGAUAAUAAUUUUACAAAGAGUUUAUAUGUACAUACAUAUAUGAAAAGUUUAUG